UGUUGUAGCUGUUUAUAUAGUUUGAUUAUUUUCAGUUGUUUUUGUACGGUUCGUUAAGAUUCUGUUCGAACUUCUUAUGUUUUGAACAACAACGUGCCAAUAUCGAAGAAAAAAAAAAAGAAAACAAAGAAAAUAUAUAAUAAUAGAAAAGCGAUCAAUUUUAAAAAUUAUUUUUAUAACUAGUGUUGAUUUUUAUUAUUAUUUUUUUAAUUAAUUCAAAAUAAAUAAAUAUUUUUAAAAUAAAACAAAAAUAAAAAAAUGAUUUAAUUUUUUUUUAUUUGCAAUAAAAAUCCAACUUAAAGAAAAAAUGUGAAAAAAUAUAAAAAGUUUAGUUUUUUUUUAUAAAUGUGUGUUUUUAUUUUUAAUUUAACAUUGUAGUUAUAGUGUUAUUUACAAAUAGCGUCAGACCGUGUAAUCGUAUGCUGUACUCACUACAGGCGUCAAAUGCUGUUUUAGUUUAUCAUAAAAUUUGUACGGAUCAUUGCAUUGGAACGCCAUCGAAUAGUUGCUGUUUCCUAAUUGUCACACUUCGGAAAAUUGCUAAAUCAAAAGCAAAAAUAAAUAAAAUUUUUGGCAUCAUAGAAAUUGGUUUUAUUCUAGAGAAUUUCAGUAAUUUUAGCAGGUGGCACCAUUGACUAAAUAAAAAAUAAUUUAUACAAUACAAUAUAAAAUAAAUUAUAAAAGUAUUUAAAUAAAAAGUAAAAAUAUCAUACAAUUUUCUCAAGAUAAUGGAUGAACCGUAAAGAAAAAAGUGCAAAAACUAAAUUGCUUAAGCAUAAUACAUAAAUAGACAGAAAAUAAAAAGGUAAAAGGUGUAACUAGUACUAUAUAAGUUAUUGAAAAAAUUUUAUGCCACAAGCGCCUAAUAUUACAAGAAAACAAACAAAAGAUAAUUUUUUUCAAACUUAUCUAGUCCAUAAAAUCUUCUCUUUGUAACUUGCAAGAUUUUAAAGUUGCCUAAGGCAAGCGAAAAAAAACAUCAACAAACAACAACACAUUAAACGUGUCAACCGUGUUUGGCGGAUUUUUUGUUUUUGUUACCUACUGUUGUUGUUGUUGCUGCUGCUGCUACCACUGCUGAGAGGAUUGUGGACGUGGAGUGUCUGUCAUUCCCAACAUUUCCAAUAAACCAGUUGCGAGUAAGUGAUUUUGAAUGGUUUCUGAGGAUACCAACUGGAAUAGCAGCGACACAAUGUCCGACACGGACAUGCACGAUUCGAAGAAUGAUAUUUGUGGUGGUGCUUCUAGCUCCAGUGGCAGCUCUGGCACCCCACGAACUAAACCGAAUUGUGCACGUUGCCACAAUCAUGGCUUUAAAAUUAAAUUGAAAGGCCACAAACGUUACUGCAAGUAUCGCAAUUGUAACUGUGAAAAAUGUCGCCUGACGGCCGAUCGUCAGCGUGUCAUGGCCCUACAGACGGCAUUGAGACGUGCCCAACAGCAGGAUGAACAGCGUAUAUUACAAAUGCAUGAGGUGCCGCCAGUUGUACACCCACCACCAGCUUUACUAAAGGCCCACUAUCACCAUCAUCAUCACUUGCAGCAUCAUUUGGCAGAGCAAUUGCAUCACCAUCAUCAUCCCCAUUUGGUGGAUGCCACAACAUCAGCAGCUGUUGUGGGAGCUGUACCGCCACAUCAUCACCAUCAUCAUCAUGUUACACAUGCUGCAGCGGCGGCAGCUAUAUCAACAAUACGUUCACCACCCCACAGUGAUCACAGUGUCAAUGGAGGCUCAAGUGCUGGUGGUGGAGGAGGAAAUAAUGGCGGUGGUGGUGGUGGCGGCAGUGCUGGUGGAGGAGUCGUUAGCAGUGUUGGCGCUAUUGAACGUAAUGCGGCUGCCCUAAAUGGUAUGGCCAGUAGUAGCAGUAUUGCUUCUAGUUCAACAGCUGGUCCACCGCAUCAUCCCUCACCGGAUCAUCAUCAGCAGCAUAAUAAUCAACACCACCAUCAUCAUCACCCACAUCCACAUUCAUCGGCCGUACCGCCCACUGCACAGUCAGUUGAUAGUUCUUGUGAUUCAUCCUCACCAUCGCCUUCGUCGACAUCGGGGGCAAUAUCGUUGCCAGUUAAUCGUAAGAUUGUUCCAGAACAUCAUCAAAAUGGAGCUGAUAUGUCUAUAGCUACCGAACAAUUAAAUCAACUUACACAAACCUAUUAUAAUUAUCAACGUUAUGGCACCCUACCACCAGCAUAUUGGGCCUAUCCAUCCAUACAAUUGGGUCGAACGAUUUGGACUGAAUUACCAACACCCCAUUUUGCUGCCAUCAUACCACCACAUUCAGCACCAACACCCGAAGAACCUCUAACCCUAAGUCGAGCAUCAACGAGUCCGUCCAAAAUCAGUCGAUCUGGUAGUAGUAGUAUAUGUGGUGAAUCGAUAACGGCUACCUCAACACCAACGCCGACAACAACAACAACACCAUCCGCUGGAGUUAUAGCCGCAGCAGCAGCAGCGGCAGCUGCCGCCGCAGCUACGUAGCAAUACCAACAGGACUGUGAUGUAAAUAAUACAACAGCAGCUGCUGUAGCAGCGGCGGCAGCUACAGCCGUUUUACAUGUCGAUGAUUAAUUUAUUGAAUGCUUUAAGUGUGUUUCUAUGGAUGUACAUACAUAUAUAAACGAACGAAUCUAUUAUUUUUUACAUAAAAUUGUUAAUAAACUAAAAUGAAGCAUAUUUAAACGUUAAACUCCUUCUAUAAAAAAUUCAUUGCAACAAAGUAGAACUAAAAUAAAUUAAAAAUAAGUAAAUACCUAUAAAUAUUACUUUGUUUAUAAACACAGGUAUAAAGGAAAAUUAAACCAAAUAAGGUUAUAGCCACAUAAAGAAAUUAUUUAAUUUUUAAUAAAUUAAAAUUAAUAUAAAACUAAACUUAAAACAUGAAAAAAAUAAAUCAUAAAACAUAUAAAUUGCAAAGAAUAUUAGAUUUUGAAAAUUAACUAUUU